AAGCAUCAUGAAGUACCAGGCCGUCCUCAUCUUUACUCUCGUCUUAUGCAUCAGUCAAGGGGAAAGCCGAAUGUUAUGCGGUGGUAGACUGCCCGAAAUCGUAGCGUAUUUAUGCGCAAAUCCGUUGACGAGUAGAGAAGAUUUCGCCAGUUUUCAAAUGAAACGAGCCGAGACCUCCUACAACUCAAUAACCAAUGCUGUCGACUGGCCCUGGAUCCCACAUCAUGAAGCUAAGGGGAUUAGGAACAAGCGUAGAAUCAUCGACGAGUGUUGCAAAAAGUCCUGUACAGUUGACGAACUCAUGGAAUAUUGUUAAAAUAUGCUAUGAACUUUUUAGUAUUAAUUACAUAAAAUAAUUGUAGCAAAAUUUUUGAUCUAUGUAACCGGUGUUAU